AUGAAAAGGGAGAGUGCCGUCCAAUUGUUUGUUUAUUGCCCAGCUACGUUGCACCGAUACGGAUACGGGUACGGUGAUACGAUACGAUACGAUAAGUCAAUAUGGAUGUAUUAUUUGAGGGAUGCCAGUAUCUCGAAUUUGAGGGAUGUAUUAUUCAGGAAGGCUGGAGGUGUGGUUCCUAUCUUCACCUUGAGCAUUGGUUUAUUCACAAUUCAGGGAUGGAAGGCAGCUCAAGGAUAA